AUGAACCACUAUUUAUAUCGUAAAGGAUUUUCUAUCGCUAGAAGAUGCUUUACAACGAAUCUUAAUCAUUCUCUUGACUUUAGCAUGUCAGAUCAGUUUUUAGGAGCUAUAGAUAUAGGCACAGGCUCAACUAGGUUUAUAGUUUUUGACUCUAAUGGAAGAAAGGUUAUCUCUGAAAGCGAAGAUUUGACUCAAUACUUCCCUAAUCCAGAGCGCCAUGAGCAAAAUCCUGAGGAAUAUGUAGAUAAAACUCUGUCCUGCAUUGAUGCAGUAAUCAAAAAAUCAAAAAUCCCUAAAUCGCAGUUCAGAGGUAUCGGGAUAACUAACCAACGUGAAACUGUAAUCGCCUGGAACAAGUCUACAGGAAAGCCUCUCCACCACUCCAUCAUAUGAGAUGACUCCAGAACCCACGAAAUCUGCAAGGACAUGCCAAAGCACAACAUUGAUUUCCAAGCUAAAACUGGCUUAACCAUUUCUACCUAUUUUUCAGCAAGUAAAAUCAGCUGCAUGUCCUAUUUUCUGCAAUUUUUCCAUCGAAAGUGCCCAUCGACAAUUUUAGCAGAAUUAUAAGGGGAAAAAAUCGAUCAAAUUUCCUCAAAAAAUGAUACCAAUAAAAUCAUAUGGUUAAUCAAAAACAUCCCAGCUGUAAAAGAAGCUUUAUUGCAUAACAAUUGCUUAUUUGGGACUGUGGAAUCUUGGAUGAUCUAUAAUUUGACCCACGAGAAGCGGCAUGUUACUGAUAUCAGCAAUGCUUCAAGAACUCUUUUAAUGAAUUUACAAGGCUUUUGGGACGAGGAUAUACUAAAAGCCUUACAGGUGCCUCAAAACGCCUUGCCUGAAAUUGUAACUUGUUCUGAAGUAUAUGGACAUAUGGCAAAAGGGCCGCUUGAAGGGAUUCCUAUCAGUGGCAGCUUAGGCGACCAACAAGCUGCAUUGUUAGGCCAUAAAUGUAUAGACCCCGGCUCUAUCAAAAACACUUAUGGCACUGGUGCUUUUUUACUAAUGAGCACUGGAAAUAGCAUAAUCCAAAGCAAAUCAGGACUUUUAACAACCGUAUAUGGACAAUUUUCUAAAGGAAAACCUAUCCAUUACGCAUUAGAAGGCUCUGUAGAAAACGCAGGAAGUGUUAUUAGAUGGGCAAUCAGUAAACUCCAUCUAUGCUCCACAGUCGAAGAAUUUGAGUCACAAGCCAGCUCAGUCACAGACACUGAAGGUGUCGUAUUUGUCCCGUCAUUUUCUGGCCUUUUUGCCCCACAUUGGAGGCCAGAUGCCAGAGGGAUCAUAACUGGCUUGACCCAGCAUACUACAAGAGCCCAUAUCUUGAGGGCAAUUCUUGAAGGAAUUUGCUUUAGGACCAGAGAAGUUGUAGAUUCUUUAGCAGAAGACGCAGGAGUUAAGCUGGAAAAACUGUCUGUGGAUGGAGGAAUGACGAAAAAUUCGUUAUUUUUGGAAAUGCAGGCUAAUAUUUUAGGCAUGAAAUUGGUGGUACCAGCAGAAAGAGACUUGACGGCACUUGGGACGAGCUAUGCGGCGGGGAUAGGAUGUGGGCUUUAUAAAGGCUUAGAUGAUAUUCAAAAAAUCCCAAAACAACCUCAGCAUGAGGUAACGUAUACUUGGGAUGAUGAAAAAAGAAAUAGAUUAGAUAGAGACUAUAUAUUCUAAGUCACAAUUUUAUCAGCGCCAUGUGCUCAAUAGUGAUCUUUUUGGUUUGCCACGCAUAAGACUUUCGAAGCAUGGGCAGAAACCAGUUUUAAAUAUAGAGGAGACUGGACAAUCAGAGUCACAGCCCAAUGCAGCUCUGGAGUGGGUCAACCGUAGUUACGAACAUAGCAAGGCCGGAUCUCUCUUUGCCUGGUUAACCCAUCAGCGUGCUGCUGGCAAAAAAGAUGAAAAAUGUUGCUUGGGCUAAGCUAACAAUCAGCGGAAACAAGCUUACCCUUGCACCAAAAGACACGUCCGGAUAUUCAUAAGGACACCCACCACAAGGAGGACCAGUCGCUCGUCGCCGGCUAUCUUAUAUAUAUAUCAUCAUGAAAAAGAAAUAAAAGACUAGAAGAAUGGAGAAAAACCAUUCCCAAAACUUUUAUUAAUUAA